AGGCAAAUACUACUAAGGAAACCCGCGUAAAAUAGAAAUUCUAUUCUGUGCUUCCGCCAAAGUAGAUUAGAGAAUAAUUGCAAUAUGAAUACCAACAAGUAAUAAUAAUGCCAAUUCGUUGCGAGUUCUAUAGCUGCACUUUCAUUAACUUUCUUAUUGCCAACGACAAUUUUCCAGCAAUUCUGGCUGGCAAAUCAACAAUUUACACACAAAUUGCGUUCAUUUCGUUUUCUAUGCACAGCAUAGCUAAUAUCUGUGCCAAAAUCUUUGCGUGUCAAAGCGAAAGACAAGAGCAGCCAAAAGCUGAGCAUAAAUGUAGAGGCAGGUGUCUGUGUAUGUUUGGCCAAGUCUUUAACAGACUGCAGCCGAUGAAAGUGGGCGUCAGAGCGAAUAUAUCAUUAAGCGCAGCAGUAAAAAAAAUAAAACAGUUCGAAAUAAUUACAAAGACUUGCUAAUUACGACAAUGAGCAAUCAAAUUGGCUGGCUGCCUGGCCUGGCCUGGCAAUUGCACUAAAUCUGCAGCGAAGCUUUGCCGGAGCUUAGCUUAGGAACUGCAUCCAACAUGCAUAUUACGCUCUGAAUAGCCAACAAUUGGCGGCGAGGCGCCAACAAAAGCAAAACUGGAUGCAACGGCUGCCUGGCUAAUUGUGGCAACUUCAAGUGUAUAAAUUUGUGGAGCAGCCGGCCGCACAAGAUCAGUUGGCCAAGUGAGUUGGCCAGAACCACAGCACACAGACAGUCACAAGAGGGCCCCCGUAAAAGGAUAUACGACAACAAACAGCACACACAAUGGAUACGCGCUUGGGUCUACUCGCCGCCCUGCUGCUCGCAGUGCUCUAUGCGGAGCGGCCCACCUCGGCGCUGGAGCUGGCCCACAACAAUGCCACGGGCGGUGGCGAGAACGGGCUGUUGCGCACAGUGCGCCACGUGUGGGCACAGUGUGCCGAGAGCGAGGAUAUUUUUUGGUGCUGCAAGCUGCACGGCGCUCGGCUGCUGGGGCGGGCACUCAAGGUGCAGCAGCUCAGCAUUGUGGAUGGCGUUAAUCUGGUGAGGCGUGCCGGCGCCGAGGAGACGCGCACAGGACGUGCCAGCAUUGCCGAGCAUCAGCUAAACAAUCGCGAUCUGGAUCACAUGUCCAGCAAGAGCCUGGAUGCCCUGCUGUUGGAGCGCUUUCUCAACUUCCUGCACAGCCAUCAGCUGCAGGUGAAUCUGCCCCGGCUGCUGAGAUAUGGCGAGCGCAACAGCCAGGACUGGCUGCAGUCGCUGCUGGGCUACUUUGUGAAUGGCAGUGAGAGUGAAAGCGACAGCGAGGGUCGCAAGAAGAAGGACGACAAAAAGUAUCUGGGACCCUUCAUAGCCGCCGUGCUGCUAAAGACGGCCAUACUGAAAAUGGCCUACCAUUCGAUUGCCAUUGUGGCUGGCAAGGCGCUGAUUGUGGGCAAAAUCGCGCUGAUCAUCAGCGCCAUCAUUGGGCUAAAGAAGCUGGUCGGUCACGAUGGCGGCGAGAAGACCACCUACGAGAUUGUCAAGCAUCCGCAGGUGCAGCAGAGCCACACUUACUCGUCGAGCCAUCAGGGCGAGUAUGACAGCGGCGGACAUGAUGGCGGUUCCUAUCAUCGCAGCAUCGAUGAUGAGAUGAUGAUGCAGGACAAGGCGUAUCACGGCUGGUUGCCUCAGCCUGGCGUCGCUGCAGCCGCAGGAGCUGGAGCAGGCAUCUAA